AUGUCGGUUGGUGUACCAAUAAAAUUAUUACAUGAAGGAAUAGGUCAUACUAUUUCUGUAGAAACGCAAUCUGGAGUUUUGUAUAGAGGAACACUAUUAUUUGCAGAAGAUAACAUGAACUGUUUACUUGAAAAUGUUUCAGUAGUUAAAAAGGAUGGAAAACAGAUCUUAUUAGAACAAGUUUAUAUAAGAGGUGGUAGUGUAUGUUUUAUGAUUUUUCCUGAUAUGUUAAGAUACGCUCCUAUAUUUAAAAUAAAUAAAUCAAAAACCAAAACAAAUUUUGCAACAAUUAGAAGAGCAAUGGAAGUUCAUGCAAGAAUAGCUUCAAAAAACAAAGAUAUAAAGGCAUAA